UCAUUUCGUGUUCAUUCUUGAAUCAGAGAGUCAGCAAAAAUAUAAACACAACGCACUGGUUGAGAUUGUGAUAAGAAGUGUUUUUUUUAGAUUUACAUUGAUAUUUUUCAUUAAAUCGUACAGUGUUGCACAUUUUCAAUAGCUACGUUUGAUGCAUUUCAAGAGAGCAAAGGUCAUCCGAAAUGGAUUCUCCCCUGCCAAGCUCCAGUCGGCGAUGCUCCAGUCGUCUCUCGCUGUCGAAGAAAUUUAGCGAAUCCGCUUCCAAAACAGCACCCGUAAGACGGUCUGCAAGGAAUAAUCAACAAACGACAUCGUUUGCCACAGCCGAAUCGGAUGAUUUAAGGCAGACUUUGACGCAGGAUCCGUUCAAAUUGACGCAGCUGACGUUGGCCGAAGAAGAUGAUCUGAUUUCGCUAGCAACGGAUGCGGUCACGUUGUCUUCCAAAGAAUCCAUCAAGGAAGAAACCAAAGGUCUGGGACUUCUACCUGUCAUUUCUAUAAGUAGUGGCAGUGAUAGGGAAGCUAGUCCAACGCCCAGGAAAAGUACGAUCUCCGAGUUUUUUACCCCUGUAAAAGCGAGACGUAAUUCGCCCUCCUCCGGUGUGUUUGCCAGCACCAUUAAAGGAAGCACGGCUCAAAAAUCGUCCUCACGUAAGGAGAACUACUCAAAGACUGACCCAAGGAAGGUUAAGAAAGUCAGGAGGCAGAUAUGCAAAAGCACCAAUAUCAAGAUGCUUACGAGCAAAUAUUUCGAUGAUUCACAGAAACGAAUCACCAAUUUCUUCCAGAAGAAUAAUGAAGAUCCGGAUAAGGUUGGAUACCACCGAGUGCUGAAGUCUUCCGUCAUGCCGGCCAUCAACACGGGUGACGAGAACAUGGAGAGGUACUUGCACGUAGACAUCGAUGUCGGUUCUCAGCCUCUACGUACGACUCAAAUAAAAGGUCCCGAUAUGAAACCGAUUCCAGAUGACCCACAAAAAAUCAUGGAACGAAUUGAAAAAGCGCAAAGUGCCUUAUACGAUAAAGAAGUCGAGGAUUGGAAUAUGGAGAACACCGACGUUCCGAUCAUGGUUUCCAUACCGGUAAACGAGGAACCACUCGAUUCUGGCUUUUCCGACACGAAAACAACGGAUCAGAAACAAACGAAAAAGCCAGCCGAAAAGCGAAAAUCACUUGGUGCAAAGUCGACAACCAAAAAAGGUCGCCCCGUGAAAACGCCGGCCACGACAGGAAAGCGACAGGGCCGGAGAAUCGUUUGCCCUAAGUACAAAAUCAUUGCAGGGACAAAUUUUGCGGUGGACGCGUUUCGGUACGGGGACAUCGAAGGCGUAUCGCAUUACUUUUUAAGCCACUUUCAUGCCGACCACUACAUCGGGUUGAAGCGAAGUUUUGCCAAGCCGCUCAUAAUGUCACCAAUCACGUCCCGGCUCGUGAAGGCGUUCAUCAAUGUGGAAGAAUCGUACUACCAGCUGAUCGAUCUGCAUGAAACCAUUGUCAUCGAUAAUGUGCGGAUAACGGCGUUGGAUGCUAACCAUUGCCCCGGCGCCGUCAUGUUCCUAUUUCAACUGCCAACGGGUACUAACAUUCUGCACACCGGAGAUUUCAGAGCCAGCUCCGAAAUGGAGGAGUAUCCCGAAUUCUGGAACAUGGAAAUCCAUAGCAUCUACCUCGAUACGACGUAUCUCAGCUCGAAGUAUGCCUUCAAAUCGCAGUGGGAAAGCAUAACGGAUGCCUGCGACGUGGUUCGAACGAUACUGAAUCGCAAUAUUGGCGCCCGUGUGCUGAUAGUUUGCGGAAGCUAUCUGAUUGGCAAGGAGAAGGUGUGGGCCGAGCUCGCGGCACAGUUCAAUUACAAAGUGUGGACCGAACCAAAUCGUAGGAAAGCUCUGGUAGCGGUUGAUGAUCCAUUACAGCAGCAGUGGUUGGUAGAGGACCCCAAGUUUGCCGACAUCCACGUGCUAUCAAUGAACAAACUGUCUUAUGAUGAGUUGGUGUCGUACGUGGAGCAGUUUCCGGAUCGGUACGAUCUACUCAUCGCGUUACGUCCCAGCGGAUGGGAGAAAAAUAGCCGACCUCAGUACCGGGGGCGAAUCAACAUCGUCGGCGUGGAGUACAGCGAACACAGCAGCUUCAACGAGUUGAAACGAUUCGUGCGGUAUUUGCGGCCACAGGAAGUUAUAAGUACUGUCCCGUACGGCAACAGUAAUCAGAACAAAACGCCUCAGGUGCCUCCGAGCUGGUAUCGGGGGGACAUUCGACCCGAGCGUCAGGCUUUACAGCUAUCGAUUACGUCCUUUGUGAAGGUGGGCUCCAAAACGCCAGUUGGACCUGGUGAAAAUCCUAGCUUUCCGAAGGUCGCUCCACAAGAGGACGAUGAUGAUUGCACAAUAGUUUCGAGUGAUGCUCCAAAUGCAUCGAAGUCGGUGCAAAACGAUGGAGUGUACAAAAUCUCGGUCUGAUUGGCCUCUCAUGGACGCCUCCAUUUCUCCAUCCUCCAUCCGCAAAAGGAUCCGGAACCGGUAUGCCAGUAUCUUUACUAGAGCAGGCAACUAACCAGCGUCAAGUAACGGGGAUCAUUGCCGUUUCCGCUAAUUAAUUUGAUCGAUUCACAUCGGCCCAAACAGAGACCAAGUGGUUGUGUUGUGUCGCGGUACAGCGUAUUGUAGCCGUACGAUCUGCUGAGCUUUCUGUUUUGAUAUGGUGGAUUCUACGAGGAUAUCGUCAAAAUUAAAUGGAA